AUGGUUCUAUCCCGAGCGCGGCCGUGGUUGGGCCCGACAUGCAACCAUGCUCGGUCCAGAGUGGGCACCGGCCCCCCAAUGAUUUGCCGCAUGAGCACCGCGGUGCCGGCGGCGAGGCAAACCCGUUCCCCCAAUCACCCGUUCCGCGUGGCCGUCGUGGGAUCCGGUCCCGCUGGUUUCUAUACUGCUUAUCGUGUCAUGUCCCAACUGCCGCAGACAAGGGUUGACAUGUACGAGUCGUUGCCGGUUCCUUUUGGUCUUGUCCGCUUCGGUGUCGCUCCAGAUCACCCGGAGGUCAAGAACUGUCAAGACAAGUUUGAAGAGGUCGCUAGCUCACCAAACUUCACCUUCAUCGGGAACGUAUCGAUAGGUGACUCGGGUCUCCAUCCCGACAGCGGUACUGUUCCGUUUGACUCCCUGUUGCGUCAUUACGAUGCCGUUUUGCUGGCGUACGGUGCCGCAAAGGACAAAACUCUCGGCAUUCCAGGGGAGUUGGAGUUGCGGGGCAUCUAUUCCGCACGUUCCUUCGUAGGGUGGUACAACGGCCUUCCUGAGUAUGCUGGAUUGUCGCCGGACCUGACAAAGGGUGACGAGGCCGUCAUCGUCGGCCAGGGUAACGUCGCAUUGGACGUAGCCCGCAUGUUGCUUGAAGAUGUUGACGUUCUGCGCAAGACGGACAUUACGGAGGCGGCCUUGGCCCAGCUGGCUGCCUCUCGUGUCAAGGGAGUUCACAUAGUUGGAAGGCGCGGGCCUAUGCAGGCAGCGUUCACCAUCAAAGAAGUGCGCGAGCUGAUGAGGAUUUCGAAUGCCGCCUUCUAUCCUGUCGACGAAACGCUCAUUCCUCCUGAUCUCAAGACCCUUCCCAGAGCGGCAAAGAGGUUGAUGGAGGUGGUAGCGAAGGGCUCGAUGGCGCGACCCAAUGACGUUUCUCGGUCCUGGUCGUUAGAUUUUUGCCUAAGCCCCAUGGAAUUCUUGGCCAGGAAAGACUCCCCUUCCGAUGUCGGCAACACUCGGUUCGAGCGAACGGAACUGUCCUCCAAGUUUGAUCCUGGUGCCCAAGCUCGUCUCACAGGAGACACGACGACGAUGGCUUCGCACCUGGUAUUCCGGUCUAUCGGCUACAAAUCCGUAGCACUGCCAGGCUUCAGUGCUGCCGGCCUUGCAUUCGACGACCGGCGAGGGAUCGUUGUGCAUGACGGGCGCGGUAGAGUUUUCCGAAACAGCCAAGCAGAAGCCAUGGAAUCACCGGGCUCUGGUAUCUUCCCAGGCGUUUACUGCGCUGGUUGGGUAAAGAGGGGACCCACGGGCGUUAUUGCUUCGACCAUGCAGGAUGCCUUCGAAACUGGGGACUCCAUUGUGCAAGACUGGUUGUCUGGAUUGCAGUUCCUGUCUGGAUCUGAGACCACCCCUGCCGCUGGCUGGGACGGCGUUAAGACAGACAUCGGCCACAAUGCCUUGAAGAGGGUGAGCUGGGACGACUGGCACAAAAUCGAUAGCGCGGAGAAGGAAAGAGGUCGCGCCGCAGGCAAAUUGAGGGAAAAGUUCACGUCCACCAGGGCGAUGCUGGAAGUUGUAUCUUAG